GCUUUUUCUUGCUCUCUCGUACAAUAGUGAAGGGAAGCACUCCCGACAGUUGCUCCUCCUUCGCUUGUCUCCGUGUCUAUCUGGGAGCGCCAUUUCGCACCAUGGGUGGCCACUCAAAGAAGAGCGGCAAGGGCGGAGGCGGCGCCCACGCGCGUGGCAGCCGCGAACAAAACCAACGAAAAGUGCUCAAGAAAGACCUCGGCGUGCCGGACUUGAAAGAUGUCAAGCAGCGCCUUUCUCAGACUGCUCGGGGACGCACCCACAGCGUCUUAAGCAUCCCGCACCUGCACCGCAACGGUGCAGGUGCACAGGACACGGGAUCCAGCACGAGCCGCAGCGGUGGAAUGCGUCUCGCCGGCCUUGUCCGUGGUGGCAUGGCGAUCGGCAAGGCAAGCCCGCAGAUACAGAAGAAAGUGCUGCAGCACACCCUCAGCAGCGAUGCAUCCUCCUCCACCUUAGCGGAUCGUCGGCGCGAGAUGCUCACUCUCGCCCUGCGCACCUCGGAGAAGGUGCACGAUUUCGAGGCCCCGGCGCAGCUCUACGCUGGAGAGGACGGCGGUGCGGAGGAGGACGACAAGUGGGCGGAGGACGUUGACCGCCGCGGCCAAGACCGCUCGCUGCAGCGCUUCUUCAAAGAAUUCCGCCGCGUGGUGGAUAACUGCGAUGUGCUGCUGCAGGUGUUGGACGCUCGUGACCCGCUUGGCUGCCGCCUCACCCAGCUAGAGAAGAGCAUCCGAUCUACCUACGGCGAGGAAAAGAAGAAGAUGGUGGUGGUGCUGAACAAGGCGGACAUGCUGCCGUCGAAGGAGAUCGUGGACGCGUGGAUGCACUACUUCGAGGAACACGAGCAUCUCAUGUGCAUCCCCUUCGCUGCCACGGCGAAGGGAUCGGCGGGGCAGGCGUACGUCUCGAACAUGUUCAAAAGACUGCGCUCGCUCGCCCGCAAUGACGAAACGGGCGACCGCAAAGCCAUCGUGGUGGGCGUGAUUGGCUACCCAAACGUCGGCAAGAGCUCCAUCAUUAACGCGCUGAAGCGCAAGCAGGUGGUGGGUGUAGGCAAUGUACCCGGCUUCACAACCGGUAACACGGAGGUGGAGCUGCGCUCUGAUAUUCGUGUGAUGGACUGCCCUGGGGUCGUCACACCUGGCGAGGACAACGGUGAUGUGGUGCUGCGGAAUGCGAUUAAAGUGGGCGACCUUGUCAACCCUUUCUUGCCUGUUCAGCGCCUGCUGCAGCGAUGCACCGCCGUGCAGCCGGCCGACGACCACGACAACGUCGACGUCGCCGCGCAUCAGGCGCUGCGUGCACAAGGACUGCAUCCGCUGGCCCUCUUCUACGGAAUUGGCCAGGUGCGCGAGAACGACGUGAUGGACUUCAUUCAGCAGGUCGGCACGCGACGCGGGCGGUUGACACGCGGCGGCCAGGUCGACGAGGAGGCGACGGCGCGGAUGAUCUUGACGGAUUGGAAUGACGGCCGCAUCCCGUACUACACCUAUCCGCCCGCGGUGGAUGAGCUCUUCCUGCGCAGCGAUGACGCGUACCGAGCUCGGCCAGCCGGCAGCGCUGAGGAGGACGACGCGCCGGCGCAACUCGUGUCGGCCGUAGCGCACGGUGUCACCUUCGAUGGGCUGCCCACCUUCCACCUUCACAUGGGUCGUAUUGAGGAGCGACAAACAAAGAAACGGUGGAAGCACGGUGGGCUUGGCGAAGAGGACAGUGCGAGAGGCAACGCGUACAACGACUACGACGAGGACGGGGAUGAGAUGCUUUAG